AUGGAGAGCAAGAACAGCACUGUGGUGACAGAAUUCAUCCUUCUUGGUCUGACUCAGUCUCAGGAUGCUCAAUUACUGGUCUUCGUGCUUGUCUUAAUCUUCUACCUCAUCAUUCUUCCUGGAAAUUUCCUCAUCAUUCUCACCAUAAGAACAGAUCCUGGCCUUACGGCACCCCUCUACUUCUUUCUGGGAAAUCUGGCCUUCCUGGAUGCAUCCUACUCCUUUAUUGUAGCUCCGAGGAUGUUGGUGGACUUCCUUUCUGAGAAGAAGGUGAUCUCCUAUAGAGGCUGCAUCACCCAGCUCUUCUUUUUGCACUUCCUUGGUGCUGGGGAGAUGUUCCUUCUUGUGGUAAUGGCUUUUGACCGCUACAUCGCCAUAUGCCGGCCUUUACAUUACUCAACUGUCAUGAAACCUAGAGUUUGUUAUGCAUUGUUAUUCACUCUCUGGCUUGGAGGCUUUGCCCAUUCCAUUGUUCAAGUGGCCCUUAUCCUAAAUUUACCCUUUUGUGGCCCAAAUCAAUUGGAUAAUUUCUUCUGUGAUGUCCCACAGGUCAUCAAGCUGGCCUGCACAGACACCUUUGUAGUGGAGCUCUUGAUGGUCUCCAACAGUGGCAUGCUCACCCUCCUGUGUUUCCUGGGCCUUUUGGCUUCCUAUGCAGUCAUCCUCUGUCGUGUAAAGGGACACUCUUCUGAAGGGAAGAACAAGGCUGUGUCCACGUGCACCACGCACAUUAUCAUCGUGUUUCUCAUGUUUGGACCUGCUAUUUUUAUCUACACUCGUCCCUUCAGGGCUUUCCCAGCUGACAAAGUUGUUUCUCUUUUCCACACAGUAAUUUUUCCUUUGAUGAACCCUGUGAUUUAUACCCUUCGCAAUCAGGAGGUAAAAUCUUCUAUGAGAAGGUUAUUGAGUAGGUACAUCAUUUGCUAA